UUCCACCUCAUCUGACUGUAAACUCUGUACUGACCUACACCGACACACUCUGCGGCCGUGGUCCCUCCUGUUUCAAUGAUUCCUCAUAUCUGGUUUUUGACCCAUGCAGCUUUGCCAGCAGGACAUAAUUCGUAUUUGUUUUUUGUGGUUGGUCUCCCCGGCUGACUGGAACGAAAACUACCAAAGCUUAAAUGCUCCAAGCGCGGGCAGCAGCCGGUCGACAGAGCUGAUGGUCCGCCUGUCACCCAGUGCUUUUCGCACCAGAUCGAUCCACAACCCUUGAAGGCAAUGUCAAAUUCCGCUAACACAUGCAGGACUAACCCAGGUGAAAUUUCAAGGCUAUUGAUAAAUGCUAUCCCUUUUUUGUCCCAAGUCUGGCUCCAUAUGUCUGGAAAGAGGAUCGCGUCCUGGCUGCUUUUGACGGGCUGCUUGUGACGGGCGCUGUCACUGGCGAGAGAGGAUAGGAUGGCUCUUUACAACAAUAAUACUUAUCAAGGUUUCUGAACUCUGGACCAUGGGUCGACCCUUGGCAUAAGCCUAAUCGGACUUAUUAGCUUGACACCCUGAACCCUGUCCAGCAGCCCACUCUGCAGUAGACAGAGCCUCUGCUUCAGCCAAACAGAACUUGCCUCAGCUCACAAUAAUACGAGCAUCCUCGAAUGGACCAAAUGUUGUCCCACUUUGAACUAGUUGCAGAUUGCAGCCGCACCGUGCGGGCUCGUGUCAGCAUUCGGGCCAACGAGAAUUGAGUCUGAUCCGUCAAAUAUUUUAUCCUUUUUGCUUGCUGCUUUGGGGACUGUUAGCUGCGGCCCCAAUUUUCUCCAAUUCCCACCAUUUGAGAGGCUAGCCAAGGGACAAGACGCUUGUCAAGGUUCAUCGCGUGUUGGUCCGCUUGCUGGUGCCUUCCCGAUGUCUUUCGAUUUGGCGAGAGGCCCAUCCAGCCUCUCCCGUGACCCCAAAAUCCCUCCAUGACGGGUCAUCUGGAGAGGGGCACGUUAGUGCGAUGGUCAAAAGAUUUUUGCCCAUGUCUGCUCGCUGGAUUGCUCUGGAUCUGAUCUCAGGAACUUGGUCUUGAGCGCCGGAGCUUUGAUUGGAAAAAAAAAAAUAAUGGAUUAUGAUUGAGAACCCCAGAUCCCAAAGCUUGACAAAGAGGAGAUCGCCCAACUUUUGCAGUCAAGGUUCCAAUAAUCAUUGAAGCCUUAACCAACGGCUCUGGCCAUCUUGGAGUUAAGGUAUUUAUUAUUACCUUUUAUUAUUGUUGUGAUUAUUUGCCGCUUAAGCUUUAUUUGUUUGAUUACUACAUCCGUCCUCCAUAAUAAUAACUAAUAAAUCACCCUCGCUUUCUUCCACUUGGGGUUCCGGCCGGGUUGCGCAUUUCCCCGGAAUUAUUUGAAAAAUAGAAAACCACCUUGACACCCCUUUCCUCCUUCCUCUUUUUUCUUGUCUCUCUUCCGCUUCUAAUUUCUCUUGAUAUCUGGCUGUGACACUCUAUCCUGCAUCGUUUGCCAUUUCCCCCUUUUCACCUUCAUAGACUCGAUCUUCCUUACACACGCGCCAGGCUUGUACAACAUAUGCGACGCGAGAGCUUGACAGCGAAAGGAAAAGGGACAAUAAACAAUUCGAACGGAACCGGGCAGACGAGAAAAGUUUAGUCGCAGGGCCGGAAGAAAAACAGAAUCAUUUUUUGCGGCGGGUAUUAUUUUUGAUCUCUCUGAUCACUGAGCUUAUUCCCCUUUGCGCCGCCCGACAGGGAGAUACCUGCCCGGACUUCCAGGGGCCGCCCGAGCUACCUCAAGUGAUCGUCGUCCCUCUGCUCCACAUCCCUCUAUCAAGAUCACCAACAUAUUUAUCUUCAUAUUUUUAAAUUAUUUUGGCGCCGAUCCAGAGGGGAUAGUACUUCCCGAGUGAAAUUCCUUAGCUUCAUUGUCGACUUAACUCAGCUCAUUGUGACAAUAAGUGGAGGCCCAUCUUUCUGCCUGACGGUUCAAUUUCAUCCGGUUUUUUCCAUCGAGUGGCGACUGUUUCCAUCCAGCGCGAUUCGAGCCAUCUCCAAGAUCUUAUUUUUGAGUAGGUACAGGAUGCGAUCAAGUAAACUAUUACUCGAAUUCAUAGCGUCCACCCUUCCAUCGCCGUAUUCAGCCCAUUCUCAAUUGUUGCUCUAAUUAACGACAUUUCUACGCCCCUCCUUACCUGCACCUCCGGUACCUGCAGCUUGACACCUCCCGCGGGGUCGCAAAAUUGCACCCAAUCGACUACUAAGUCUUAUCUUGCACUUGGAGCCUCGUUCCCAUCAAUAUCGACUUGCACCAGUACGAGUUGCUAUUGAGAGCGCCGCGUCCAAUCCAAAGUGUAGUGCAGUAUUACCUCCGAUUUUCUAUCCUCAGCUGAGCAGUAAACUGCCCUCCGUGGAUACUUCUGGUAUUUCUGGAGGUCGAUAUUGGCCUAACAGUGACUAUUCCAUACUCCAACCGGGGCAAGUACCCCUCACCACUGCUCCCCCAACACCCACCCCAGACUCCGAAUUUUCAAGGCAGCCAGGCACGUCGCGAAACCUUUCCGUCAACGUGGCGGCCCUCGCUGUUCAGCCGCCCGGAAUGGGGACGGCGCUUGAUGCUCUGAAUUCACAUCAGUCACUGACGUCUCGACGACCAGCUGCAAACAAUUUGCCUGGCUUCGAGCUUCUCCAUCCUCAAGUUUCGCAAUCACAAAAGUAUUCACACCCUUCAAGCACUAACGCGCAACAGCCCUCGAGAGUCGGCAGUUUAUUAACCCCUCCAUCAAACACUUCAUCAGACGCCAGUUCGAUUUCCGCGUACGUGAGCCAUAGUUCUGUUUCGUCCAGCCAAACAGCUCCUUCGUAUUCUCAGGGCUACUGGCCACAGUCAAAUAGUUUUGGUACUGGUAUGAUCAACCAGCCCUGGCCCCAGUCCUUUCCUUCCAGGAGCGGGUUUUCACCACCCUCAUCAUAUGCAGGUCGAAACAAUUCGAACUCUCCUACAACUGCGGACACUUUAACGCCCUCAUACGAUAUAAACCAGCGUGCCUAUUUCCAAACGCCAAUUCCCGGUGCAUCAACAUCGUCUGGCCCAUCCCCAACAACACAGCAACCCCAACAGGCUAUGGCGCACGUUCUGAUGAAUGCGCAGGCCACCACUGCGACGGUGCCGCCCACUCCACCAGCGCAGAACAACGUUGAUGCGUAUGGGCAGAAAUUACCAUCUACCCCACUUUAUAGUGGAUCACAUCAAAGUACCCCACAGCAAGCCACGUUCCCGCCAUAUCAGAGUAGUGGCAGUUCAGCCAUUCACCACUCUGGCACCAAUGGACCGUCGUCAAGGAUCUCGCCGAUCCAAGCUCAGAUGCAGGGUGAAGGCCAACAUCAGUUAACCCAGUACAGUAGCCGGCCAUAUCCAUCUUACUCCCUGCCUGCGAUGAGCGGACCAAUUAUGACGAACGUACAUCAUCCGAAUUCUCAGCUAGCGCUUAUGGGAUCUAUACAACCAAACCUCCUACCAGCUUUCAACAGUGGCCACGCAGCGGCUAUGAGUAGCGUGUUUAGUGGACACCCAAAUCACAUACACGGACUUAUGCAACAUCCACCACCCGAUGAUCGACCGUAUCGAUGCGACCAAUGUACACAAAGUUUCAGGCGAAACCACGACUUGAAAAGGCAUAAGCGCAUUCAUUUGGCAGUUAAGCCCUAUCCCUGUGAUCACUGUGCCAAGAGCUUUUCACGCAAGGACGCAUUAAAGCGACAUAUUCUUGUCAAGGGCUGCGAUAAGGACAAGGAUUCCCAGUCUGAUAAAAAUAGCACAACGGCUAGCUCCCCGGUACUAACGCGCACGGACAAUGGCACUGGUAACUCUGCCAGUGGCCGAACUCACAAUAUACAGGGAAACCAUGCCUUGAAGUCGCAUACAUGAAGCUCAUUUCUGCAUUCUGUAAUACAUUCCGUUUGAUAUAAUCCGGGUGGAUAACGUACUUUAUUAUUCAUACUGGUUACCCGGGUAGUUCGUGUUCUAUGUCAAUUUUUGCCGGCUUACCCAUAAUUGAGAAAAUCAGGCCCCGGUUUUUCGUCCUUUUUGGGAUUAUUAUUUCCGCUAUUGUUUGUUUUUUGGGGGGAACAGCACAUACUUCCUCGUACUUCCUCAUACUUGCUCUUUCUCACGUUGUUUUGGCAUUUUCUUGGAAAUAUGGGCAAUAGGGUAGAGUUGAGGUGUCCUUGGGUCUAAUUUAUCGGAAAUAUUUUUACCUUAACCGAUCUUUUUUUUUCUUUUUUGCUCUUUGACUGUUUGUGGUCUGGCCCCUUUGUAUUUCUGGGGGAGAAAUGUUUGCUUACCAUAAUGCUACCUUUUACCUUUUAUUCAUCAUAUUUAGGCGUUCCAUCCUCUUCGUCCCCUUCUUGAGCAAUAACUUUUUGCCCAUUCACUCAGCACAUUUUAUCUUGCUUUGAAACCCUGUCUGUUUUUGAUCAAAUGCUCUCACCUUAUUCUACCAUAGGAUUUUCCUAUUGGUUGUUGAAGCAAGUUAUUUGUUUGUCCUCAUAUUCACCAUCAUAUUAUUUUUCAACACUUGUCACCUUUUUGGCAUCUUAGCAACGUUUCCUUUUGAUUGACCUCACUUUUACUCCCUUGUAUGUACAUGUAUAAGUAUUUAUGUGUCAUGUUUAUAAAUCCUGGCUGAACCAUACUGAACUGAAUGAAAGCACCAAGAAGUAAACAAUAACCCCUGAAAAGCUAAAAGUGUGCUGUCAACACCUUCAUGUCAUUCAUAGUGAACACUCUACUAGAUUUUACCUCAGUGAAGUUUACUCUAUCUGAAUUGAUAAUUCAGAGCAAAGGGCAUUCAAAUCAUUGAAUAGUCUGUGUUUACCACUGUCUCAUAUCACUUUAUUUCUCAAGCGGCAGCAACCAGGACGCACGUUUCAUACAUUUAGCACGAACAACAA